UCUUUUUGAGGGGGUUAGUGGGGGCUGCUGCUGCUAAGUCGUUCAUUCCUUCUGUCUGCGGCUCUCUGCGGCGACUACGGUGGUCUCCUCCCAAUCUGCAACGGCGACGGCGACAGCGCCGAAGAGUUGGAUCCGUUCAACAUUCGCUCAGCAGAGGUGGAGAGUUGCUCUUCGGUGUUCUUCUGUUCGUGCUCUACUGCUCUUGGUUGAGCCAGGCCAGAACUGGAUCUGUUCUCCACUAGUUCAUCUUGGGUUGCUGUUACAAAGCACUCUGCAAAUUGGAUUUGAAGGAGCUGCUAUUCAAGAAUUUCAACCCAAGGACAAUGCUAUAGCGGUGUGCAUCAAGUGCAAAGACAAAUAAAAAAAUCGAGAUAUGGAGGCCGCUGCUGGGGUGUUGAGCCCUGUCCUCCGUAAGCUCGGUGAGCUGCUCGCCGGAGAAUACAGCCUGGAGAAGCGAGUAAAGAAAGGUGUACAAUCACUUCGUACAGAACUAGAGAUGAUGCACGCUGUACUUCGUGAGGUUGGCAAGGUGCCACCGGAUCAGCUCCAGGAGCCGGUCCGGAUUUGGGCUGGCAAGGUGAGAGACCUGUCUUGCGACAUGGAAGAUGCUGUUGACGACUUCCUGGUGCGUGUGGGUGUGGGUGAGGGUUCAGGGAGCAAGCCAACGGACAUGAGGAUUCGAAUCAAUAAGUUCCUCAAGAAGACCACCACAUUAUUUGGUAAGGGCAAAGCACUUCAUCAAAUUUGUGAUGCCAUCAAAGAAGCUCAGGAUCUUGCCAAGGAGUUACCAGAGCUGCGGAAAAAGUACGAGCUUGACAUGCGUAUCACUAGCAAUGCUGCUACCAUUGACCCUCGUGUGUUAGCUCUGCACAAAGAUGCAGGGGAGCUUGUUGCCGUUGACCACACAAGGGAUGAGCUUAUUAAAACACUAAAUUGUGAGGAUGGGGGUCCUAAGGAGCAAUUGAAAACAAUCUCUAUUGUUGGUGUUGGUGGGCUGGGAAAAACCACCCUCGCCAAAGCAGUUUAUGAGAAGAUCAAAAGCCAAUUUGAUUGUGCGGCUUUUGUCCCCGUUGGUCAGAACCCAGAUAUUAAGAAAGUUUUUAAGGACUUACUCUUUGGCCUUGACAAUGAAAAGUUCAGUGACAUUCAUAAUACAGCAAGGGAUGAAAAUCUACUCAUCAAGCAAAUCAGUGAUUUCCUUGUGGAUAAGAGGUACCUCAUCGUAAUUGAUGAUAUAUGGAAAGGAGAAGUAUGGAGAUCUGUAAAUUGUGCUUUCUAUAAAAACAAAUUCCAUAGUCGGGUAAUCACAACAACCCGUAAUGUGAGUGUGUCUGAAGCAUGUCUUUCUUCUGGCGAUGACAUAAUUCACAAAAUGAAACCCCUAUCUGAUGAAGACUCGCAAAUACUCUUCCAUAGAAGAAUAUUUCAAAGUGAGGAGAAAUGCCCAGAAGAUUUGCAGGUAGUAUCAAGAGAAAUCUUGAAGAAAUGUGGUGGCGUACCAUUAGCCAUCAUUACAAUAGCUAGUCUCCUGGCUAGUAAUCAACAGGUAAAGCAAAAAGAUGAGUGGAUGCAUUUGCACAAUUUGAUUGGCCAUGGAGUUACACAGGGCGAGGAUAUUGUGAAGGACAUGAAGAGGAUAUUAUCACUCAGCUAUUAUGAUUUGCCAUCUCAUCUGAAGCCUUGUUUAUUAUAUCUAAGCAUCUUUCCUGAAGACUUUGAGAUUGAGAGAGAAUGGUUGAUAUGGAGGUGGCUUGCCGAAGGUUUUAUGCAACAUGAAAAAAACGAAACCAGCCUAUUUGAGAUCGGAGAGAGCUACUUCAACGAGCUUAUGAACAGGAGCUUGAUCCAGCCAGCAGAACUCAAUGAGGAAGGAACGGUAGUAACUUGCCGUAUGCAUGAUAUGGUGCUUGAUCUUAUCUGCUCACUGUCAAGUGAAGAGAAUUUUAUCUCCAUACUAGGUAAUGCUGAGUGGCAUGCACCUAAUCUGCAAAGGAACCUUCGCAGAUUAUCACUUCAUAAUAUCAAGGCAAAGUGUCGGAACCAUCAGUUUGAUAGCACUAGGCUGUCAAAAGUGAGGACCUUUGCUGUUUUUUCUCCCGUUACUUGUGAUUGGUUGCCAUCUCUCUCAAGCUUCCAAUUUUUACGUGUGCUUGAUCUUGGAAAUUGUGGCAGCCGUGAAAGUAGCUCUGGUAUCAGCCUCAAGUAUGUUUGGAAUUUAACUCACCUAAGGUACCUAGGGCUCAAGGAUGCAGAUGUUUGCGAACUCCCAAUGGACAUAGGCAAGUUGCAGCUUUUACAAACACUGGAUAUAAGAGACACUAGUAUAAAAGAAUUACCUUCAAGUGUUGUACAGCUCAGAAAUUUGAUAUGCCUAUGUGUCGAUUAUAGGGUGAGGCUGCCAAAAGGAAUGGGGAGCUUGAUGUCCCUUGAAGUACUAGAACAAGUAGGCGUAUCCUCGUCUCCACACAUUGUGGAAGAGCUGAGGCAUCUGACAGAGGUUAGGACACUCAGUGUUGACUGUGCUAACAUGGACGAGGAUCUGAUUGAUACAUUAAUCAAGUCUCUAGGCAACCUGCACAAAUUGCAAAAUCUGCGUAUUGAUGAUGGCGGCAGAUUGCUAGAUCGGAUGUGUGAAUGCUGGGUGCCCCCUCCAAACCUCCGUAGUUUUGAUUCAUGGGGCGGCCCCUAUUCAUGGUUCUAGCGACUUCCGAAGUGGGUUAAUUCAAUGUCGCUUCCCCACCUCUCCACCCUUGAAAUAGAUGUGGAAGAACUGCAAGGGGAUGACAUUCAGAUCAUUGGGAUGCUGCCUGCUCUUCGGUUUCUGCUGCUGCGUGCAAGACGCGUGAUGGAAACGUUGGCUGUGAGGGCCGAUGCAUUCCCAUCUGCGAGGUGCUGCAUGUUCAUAGGGUUUCCGACGGCGCCGUGCCUUUUCGCACCUGGAGCUAUGCCAAGGGUUCAGCGCCUUAAGUUCUGGGUCUCUGCGCGGUCAAUUGCGAGUGGUGAGGUCGACUGCGGCAUGAGCCACCUCCCUUCUCUCGAGCAUGUUGAGGUUUCUCUUCAGCACGAGAGUUCCAGCGAUGAAGAGUGUGCUGGUGAUGACGAGAGUGUGACGGAUGACGAGAUGGAGACAGCCAAGGGUUGGCUGAGGCGCGCAGCAGAAGCCCAUCCAAAACGUCCCACCAUUGAAAUCUAUUAGACACGAGUGCUGACAUGCCUCUGCCGCCGGUAAGGCCUUCAAUGUAAUCCCGUAGUCAUGUACUGGUAAUUCCAUCAGUUGCCACAAAUACUGUUCCAACAUUUGAAACAACUCACUGCACCAAUGUAGGCAGCAGCAUCUCUUUUGGCUUGUGUACCGCUGCAGCUUCCAGUAACGAAGGCUCAUUCUCUCCACCAAUGCAAUGCCGCAGGCUGUACCUGCCUUAGUUCCUAAUUGGACUGCUUGAUAUCUUUUUACUCAACCAAAGAUUGCAUUCAGUUGGCACGGUAUUCUAUUCUACGUCCGUAACUGUAAUGCUACCUCUAUGAUACUAGAGUAUAAUAUAAUUUCUUCAUUUGCUUGUUCCCAUACAGCAUUGUUUUACUGCUCAAUGAACAAUACUACCCGAGUUGUUUUUAGUGAAGAAUACGAGUUGUUGA